AUGUCUAAACAGGGAAGUCGAUUACGGCCACCGCCGUUGGCGGCAGAUUCCUUGGCGAAUGUUGGAUUUGUAUCAAAGGGUGACAAAAAGCUACUCGAUUAUCCCGCGCAGAAGGAGUACUUUGACAAGAUUACCAAGAGGUACCUGCAGUUCUGUGCAGACCACAAAGAACAUCUAGAUGCUGCACUCGCUUCCCUUCCGAUCAACUCCUCAAAUGAUGCCACUUCCAACCCACCAGCUGCUGCGCCAUCUUCAAAAUCAAGCCCCGCGGUCAAAGGCGUUCCCCCACCAUCAGCAGAGCUAUCCACGAUUCUCCUAUCGCUUCGCAAGCUGCGUGAAGCAGCACUGGCAACAUCUUCAUCUACACCAGUCGACUUUUCCCAAAAAGUGCACUACUUUUCAAUCCGCUUGUCGAUUCUAGCGCAACACCCCCCGUCCUAUUUCCCGUCCCUGCGAUAUAGUCUCGACAAGCUACAUUCUACAUCGCACCCCUUCGAGGACUCUGAAGUUAAAGAACUAGUCACAUAUAUGAUCCUAGACUAUGCAUGCCGACAAGAAGACAUGUCCGCGGCGUUUGACCUGCGCGCGCGGGCACGCAAGGAGCAUGGAUUCCAGUCGCAGACUGUCGACCAAGUCCUAACUGCAUUGAUGAAUGACAAUUGGAUUGUCUUCUGGCGGGUGCGCAAGGGCGUGGACUCGUAUGUGCGGGCAGUGAUGAACUGGGCCGUGGAUCGGGUCCGGAGACACGCAUUGAAGGCCGUCGGUAGUGCCUACCUCAAUGUCCAUGUUAGUUGGGUUGUGGGUGGGUGUACGGGCGAUGAUGGAGAUUGGACUUGGGACAAGCUUGUUGAGACGGAGAAGCUUGGUUGGCAGAAAGAAGGGGACAAGGUAAUCAUUCGCCGGCCUAAACCUAGGCCUCCGCCCCAAGCGGGGUCGAGUGCGCCGGUUGCAUGA